UGUAUUACAAUGGGUGAACCAAGGGGAUUCUGUGUACGGUGAGUGGGAUGAUUACAGACCAGCAGUGGUUAUAGAUAGAUUGAUAGAUACGAGGGCAAGGUUACAGAGGCACCUGAAUCAGAGAAGUUACAAUCAUGUCGUUGAGCACUGCCGGUGUCGUGAUUCCCUGCAAGGCGGCGGUAUGUUGGGAAGCAGGGAAGCCAUUGGUGAUAGAGAAUGUCAAGGUUGAGCCACCUCAGGCCAUGGAAGUUAGGGUCAAGAUCAAGUACACGUCCCUUUGCCAUACUGAUCUAUACUUCUGGGAAGCUAAGGGCCAGACGCCAUUGUUUCCUCGCAUAUUCGGCCAUGAAGCUUCAGGGAUUGUAGAGAGUGUUGGGGAGGGUGUUUCAGGCCUCCAGCCUGGGGAUCAUGUUCUCCCAGUUUUCACCGGGGAAUGUGGGGAAUGCUCCCACUGCAAAUCUGAAGAAAGCAAUAUGUGUGACCUGCUGAGGAUCGACACAGAUAGAGGAGUUAUGCUUAGUGAUGGAAAGUCUAGGUUCUCAAUAAAUGGGAACCCUAUCAAUCACUUUCUUGGCACAUCCACCUUCAGUGAAUACACGGUUAUUCAUUCAGGCUGCCUUGCAAAGAUAAAUCCACUGGCCCCCUUGGAUAAAGUCUGCAUUCUCAGUUGUGGCAUCUCAACAGGAUUAGGUGCAGCUCUGAAUGUUGCCAAACCUAAGAGGGGUUCAUCAGUUGCAAUCUUUGGGUUGGGUGCUGUUGGCCUAGCUGCGGCUGAAGGUGCAAGAAUUGCCGGAGCAUCAAGGAUAAUUGGUGUUGAUUUGAAUCCCAACAGAUUUGAGGAAGCCAAGAAAUUUGGAGUGACUGAAUUUGUGAAUCCCAAGGAUUAUGACAGACCAGUUCAAAAGGUCAUUGCAGAGAUGACAAAUGGUGGAGUUGACAGGAGUGUGGAGUGCACUGGAAACGUUAAUGCAAUGAUUUCUGCCUUUGAAUGUGUUCAUGAUGGAUGGGGUGUGGCUGUGCUGGUUGGUGUUCCCAGUAAUGAUGCAGUCUUCAUGACCAAACCCAUUAAUCUGCUCAGUGAAAGGACUCUUAAAGGGACCUUCUUUGGGAACUACAAACCUCGCACUGAUCUGCCAUCUGUCGUAGACAUGUACAUGAAUAAGCAAUUGGAAGUGGAGAAGUUCAUCACACACACAGUCCCUUUCUCUGAAAUCAACAAGGCCUUUGAGCUCAUGUUGAAAGGAGAAAGUUUGCGGUGCAUUAUUCACAUGGAAGACUAAUUCUAGUGAUGAAGAUUGAAGUCUGGAAUCAACAAUCUGGAAUUUGCCACUCUUGUGUCUAUCUGAAUGUAAGAACCCUUUCUACUGUAAUGCACACGAUAUGGCAUGGCCGUUGGUUAAAUGUGAUCAACUUUGUGAUGGUUAAAUAAACUGAUAGCAUCAGUACUUAUAA